GCCGACGCUACCACCUGGCUGCCCGGCGACAUGAUAUGCGGACAACCUUCCGUGCCUAUUGCAGAUGCCCCAUCACCUGCUUUUUUCCCGGUUCAAAACAUAGACCAAAUCCAACCAUCGUUACUUAUCGAACCACAGAAGCCUUUUAUUGCAAUACCUUGCAACCUUACAACCUACCCAUAUAUUUUAUCUGAUCCCCAAAGUCACACGACUUUAUGGGCUUUCCAAGGGAUGUAUUUGCAAGAAUAUCGGUUCGCAUACGGGAAGAAGACUUUAGGAUUACAUUCAAAUUAUAAGUGA